AUGGACUACCGGGUUAAACCACGUCACGGGACGGCGUUGGGAGAGUAUACCAUCGUGGUGGACGUCAUUUGUGGCGAAUCGGAGCCGUGGAUAAAGCGAAAUCAAUCAAUCCUUUCAAGAAGACCGGUAUACUUUCAGCUGAAGAACUUUGCUAAACAGCGCAACAUAUUGGGUUAUAGAGAUUUGGCAGUAACAGACAGAAACAUAACGCUAACAGCAUGCAUAGAAGAUCAUCAGUUUCAACCUAAAAACUUCUGGAAUGGUCGCUGGCCUUUGGUGUGGACCGUAAGUUUUACUCCAAAUUCAGGAAACGCCGAAUUGAGAGAUAGCCUCAAAGUACAAGUACAUUACUACGAAGAUGGAAAUGUACAAUUGGUCAGUAGCAAAGGGGUAAAGGAGAGCCUGCCCAUCUCCAACAAGAAGCAAACAGCGAAAGAUUUGAUACAUGCUGAUUGUAAAAUAUAGGAUCAGUAUUCACAACAAUAGAACCUUUGUAUAAAU